AUGGCGGUCGACUUUGGGGACCACGCCAGCGGGCUCCGCCACACCGAGGUGGUCAGGUUCAUCAACGACGAAGUCCUCGUGAACGGCGGUGGGCCGGAUUUCUACGCGGCCUUGCGCUCGCGGCCCUGGGACGAGGUAGAGGAGCGGCUUCGGACGGUCCUGGCCGACCCGCAGGUGCCGCGCGCCAUGAAGAGGGCCUGUGCGUGGAGCGCGCUCGCCUUGAGCGUGCGCGUGGGAGCCAGGCAGCGGGAGCAGCAGGAGCGCCAGGUCCAGCGGCUGCAGAACCAAGCAGACGAGCGCGAGACGACUACCUGGGCCCUGGCCUCCGAGCUGCAGCGGCUGCGCGGGGAGCGCGAGUCGGCGGUCGCACAGCUGCGCUCCACACAGGCCGCCCUGCGGCAGACUCUGGUCGAGUGUGACGUGCUUCGUGGGCGGCUGCUCCAGGUGGAGAGGGCCUCCUGGGUCGUGCCGCUGGCCCGCGAGAGAGUGCCUGGGCCUCCGGCCGAGCCACUUGGGGCCAUAGCAUGGCCCCGGAAUGCAGAUGUGGUGGCCGGGGAGCUGCGCAGCAGGCUGUAUUUUGAGGCCCGGGUGCCGGCCCCGGUGGCUGUCCUUUACGUGCCGGGACCCCCGAGUCCCUGGGCUCAGGCCGUACAGCCCGCUCUGCCAGUGCCCGUGCGGUACUUGCUUCCGUUCCGUGCCCCGUUCCCCGUGGGAUUCCCCGUCUCGCCACCUCUGCCGCCAGUAGUAGUCAUGGAUGCAGAAGCUGCAGUAGUUCCACAUCAGAUGCCUCCUCUGGGGAUCGGGCCACCUGGUCCACGUGCUGCAGUGGGCUACCAAGAGGGGAUGGUCCCACGGUCGGACCAGAGGAGCUGCAGCCAGGCGGAAGGUCCUGCGAUCCUCCAGAGUGUAGUCCCCCUGAGGGACAUCAGAAGCCUUAGCCAAGAAGGUCCGCAGAGGCCUCAGGGGAUGGUUCCUGUCAGAGAUAGCUGGAGCCAGAGCCAGAGCCAGGAAGAAGAUCCAGAGAACACCCAAGAAGUGGUCCCCCUUGGGGAUAGCUGGAGCCACAGCCAGCAAGAAGAUCCAGAGAGAGCCCAGGGGACGGUUCCUAUCGGGGAGAGCAGGAGCCACAACCAGGAGGAAGGUCCAGAGAGGGCCCAGGGGGUGGUUCCUGCUGGGGACAGCGGGAGCCAGAGCCAGGAAGAAGGUCCAGAGUGGGCCAAAGGAAUGGCCACCCUUGGGGAUGGCUGGAGCCAGAGCCAGGAAGACCGUGCAAAGAGGGCCUGGGGGAUGGUUCCCGUCGGGGAGAGCUGGAGCCACAGCCAGCAAGAAGAUCAAGAGGUGCUCCGGGGGGUGGUCCCCCUUGGGGAGAGCUGGACCCAGAGUCAGCGAGAAGGUCCAGAGAACCCCCAAGGAACGGUCACCCUUUGGGGUAGCUGGAGCCAGAGCCGGGAAGAAGGUCCAGGGUGGGCCCAAGGAAUGGUUCCUGUUGGGGAUAGCUGGAGCCACAGCCAAGAAGAAGAUCGAGAGAUGCCCCAGGGGGUGGUACUUCUUAGGGAUAGUUGGAGCCUCAGCCAGGAGGAUGUUCUAGAGAGGCCUCAGGGGAUGGUCUCCUUUGGGGAUAGCUGGAGCCAGAGCUGGAAAGAGGGUUCGGAGAGGCCUCGGGGGGUGGUACUCCUUAAAGAUAACCAGGGCCAGAGCCAGGAAGAAGGUCCAGAGAAUCCUCAGGAGAUGGUUCUCUUUGGGGAUAGUUGGAGUUUCAGCCAGGAAGAAGGGCCAGCAAAGGCCCAGGGGAUGGUCCCCUUUGGGGGUAUCUGGGGCCUCAGCCAGGAAGAAGGUUUGGGGCGAUCCCAGGAGAUGGUUACCUUUGGUGCCAGCAGGAUGAAUAUCUGGGAAGAAGAUCCAGAGAGGCCCCAGGAGAUGGGGGCCAGUGGGAGACACAACCAGGAAGAAGAUCCAAAGAGGCCUCAAGUGAUGGUGCCCCUGGGGGCCAGUAGGGACCACAGCCAGGAAGAAGGUCCAAAAAGACCUCAAGGGAUGCCCCCCCUUGUUGCCAGCAGAAGCAGUAGCCACGAAGAAGAUCCAGAGAGGCCUCAGGAGAUGCUCUCCUUGGGGGCCAGCGGGAACUACAGCCAAGAAGAAGGUCCAAGAAGACCCCAGGGGACGGGGGACAGAAGACGCCAUGGCCAGCAAGAAAGUCCAAAGAGGUACCCCCCGGGGUUUAGGAGGAGCCACAGCCUGGAAGAAGGUCUACAGAGGCCCCAGGCGACCCCCCAGGGGGACAGCUGGAGCUGUGGUGUGAGGGAAAGCCCAAUGAAACAGCAGCCUCAGGGGCAGAAGGCCAAGCAACCAAAAGGGAAAAAAGCUCUGGGUUUCCUGCACCAGGAGAAGUCUGCCUCAGGCUGCGGCCCAGAGAGUUGGGAGUGCCCAUGGUGUAAAGCCAUGAAUUUUUCAUGGCACAAGGCCUGCUAUAAGUGCAAGGAAGGCUGUGUGGAAGUUGAGAGUGGAGGCCCGGACCCAGGACCAACUCACUGA